GCACUCCUAUAAUUUAAAACAGGAGAAUCAGCAAAUUUCCAGAAAUCUUCCAGUUUGUACGUGUUUCAUACCAUCUUGGACAAUGACUCCCAUCCACUCCAAAACGUACUGGUUAGGCACAGGAGUACAUUCAGCCAGAGACUCAUUCCACUGAGAUGCAACAUUGAGUAUCAUAGGAAGUCAUUCCUGCCUAUGGCCAUCAAACUUUACAACUCGUCGCUCGGAGUGUCAGACAACCUGAGCAAAUAGGCUGAUCCUGGACUUAUUUCCACUUGGCAUAAUUUACUUAUUAUUAUUGAGUUAUUUAUGGGUUUAUAUUGCUAUAUUUCUACACGAUUUUUGGUUGUUGCGACUGUAACGAAACCCAAUUUCCCCCGGGAUCAAUAAAGUAUGUCUCUCUGGAGUGGAUGUGGAGGGGAUGUGUCCUAUAGUGGGGGAGUCUAGGAUCAGAGGACACAGAUAGAGUGGAUGUGGAGAGGAUGUUUCCUAUAGUGGGGGAGUCUAGGACCAGAGGACACAGAUCGAGCAAGAGCGCUUUCUGUUGGAAAUUAGCGGGUGUGGUAAAGUGAAGGCGGAGCUGGACGAUGAGAGUGUUCCGGGAUAACAUCCAGGGCAUCACCAAACCGGCCAUCCGGCGUCUGGCUGGCCGUGGCGGCGUCAAGCGGAUCUCGGGUCUGAUCUACGAGGAGACCCGCGGGGUGCUGAAGGUUUUCCUGGAGAAUGUGAUCCGGGAUGCGGUCACCUACACUGAACACGCCAAGCGCAAGACAGUCACUGCCAUGGAUGUGGUGUACGCUCUGAAACGCCAGGGCCGCACUCUCUAUGGCUUCGGCGGCUGA